UAGAUUACAUCUGGUCACGAAACUAUCCCCUUAAAGUAUUUGAAGUCGUUUUUUCCGGCUUUUUUCACUGUUUACAAGUCGAACACAAAAUACAGUAAUUUCGGGAAAGAAAAGGAUUUCGGACCCUGCCCAAUCCUCUCCAUGAAUGGCCCACGCCGCCUUGUCAAGCUGACGACACGUGCGUUCGCCUCCCUGGCACUAAACCUCCGACAGAGGAGUCGCUGGAUGAAGACCAUGGCCGUGCGCAUGGCGCCAUGUCCGGUUCGUCCACGAGACGCCUCCCCAGAGAUGAUCGCCCAGCUGGGGAAGCCGCCUAGGAUGCGCAAGGACCCGGCAUUCCGGAAGGUGAAAAGCCCCGAGUUCCAAAGCAUUUUCACACCCGAACUGGAGGAGCUGGUGGCUCUCUUCAAGAAGUACGACUAUGAGCUGCGGAUUGCUGGCGGCGCUGUGCGCGACAUCCUCAUGAGCAUUCCGCCGAAGGACAUCGACCUGGCCACCACCGCCACUCCGGACCAGAUGAAGAAGAUGUUCGAGAAGGAGGAGGUGCGGAUGAUCAACGCGAACGGCGAAAAGCACGGAACCAUUACUCCCCGGAUCAACGACAAGGAGAACUUCGAGGUGACCACGCUGCGCAUCGAUAUCCGCACCGAUGGACGCCACGCGGAGGUGGUGUACACCACCGACUGGCAGCUGGACGCCAACCGCCGUGAUUUGACAAUCAACUCCAUGUUCCUGGGCUUCGAUGGCACCGUUUACGACUACUUCUAUGGCUACGACGAUCUCCAGGAGCGUCGUGUGGUCUUUGUGGGCGAUGCGGAUAUCCGGAUCAAGGAGGACUUUCUACGCAUCCUGCGCUACUUCCGAUUCUACGGACGCAUAGCAAAGGAGGAAAAGAGCCACGAUCAGGCCACUCUGGCUGCCGUGAAGGACAAUGCCGCAGGCCUGGCCAGGAUUAGCGGCGAGCGGAUCUGGAUGGAACUGCAAAAGAUAGUGGUGGGCAAUUACGGAUCCGCCCUGCUGCUGGAGAUGCACCGGUGCAACCUGUUCGAGCACAUUGGGCUGCCCGCUGAGCCGAACUUGCAGGAGUUUGAGCGACUUUGCGCUGCUCUAGAGCACUUCGAAAAGCCGCAUUAUCCUAUUUUGUACAUGACGGGAAUGCUACACUCUAUAGAAGAUGCGAUGACGAUGCACAAGCGCCUGAAGUUGUCCGCCUACGAAAGAGACCUGGCUAGGUUUAUUACACAGGAGCGAGAAAAGGUUGGCACAAAUUACACUACCCUGCGCGACUACCAAAAACUGUGCUUGCAGAAGUACAUUCAACGAGAUUACGUAGAACAGCUGCUGAAGUACUCCAACAAACAAGAACUCUACAAUCAGCUGAAGGCAUGGGUCAAGCCAGAUUUCCCAAUCAAAGGAAAUGCUUUGGCUGAGCAUGGUCUUAAGGGAAUACGACUUGGUCUGCUUAUGGACGCACUUAAACUCCUUUGGGCAGACAGUGACUUCCAAUUAACCAACGAUGAUUUACUUAAAAAGAUUCCUGAAGUCUUGGAAAAGAUACCGAGCUCUCCCAGUAAAGUAAGACGUGUAAAGUAGUACUGAUUUCAUCUGGAGCUCUCCUUCCUGGGUGUUUAUAUUUAUUAAAGUUUAUUUGACCAUUUCGUUGGAUCUAUUUUAAA